CCACGUGACCCGUCCGGGCGAUAAAUGGACGGCGCGGCGCGGCUCGGCACAGUCGCCCUCGGCACAGUCGCCUUCGCCACUCCUCCCGCGCGUCCCGAGACGUCGGAGCCAGCACCCAGCAGCCAGCACCGAGCGCCGGCCGGAUGGAGCGCCCGCAGCCCGACAGCAUGCCCCAGGAUUUGUCAGAGGCCCUGAAGGAGGCCACCAAGGAGGUGCACGUCCAGGCAGAGAAUGCCGAGUUCAUGAAGAACUUUCAGAAGGGCCAGGUGACCCGGAAAGGAUUUAAGCUGGUGAUGGCCUCCCUGUACCACAUCUACGUGGCUCUGGAGGAGGAGAUCGAGCGCAACAAGGAAAACCCCGUCUAUGCCCCCCUCUACUUCCCCGAAGAGCUGCACCGCAGGGCCGCCCUGGAGCGGGACAUGGCCUUCUGGUACGGGCCCCGCUGGGAGGACGCCAUCCCCUACACGCAGGCCACCAGGCGCUACGUGCGGCGGCUCCACGAGGUGGGGCGCAAGGAGCCGGAGCUGCUGGUGGCCCACGCCUACACCCGCUACCUCGGCGAUCUGUCUGGGGGCCAGGUCCUCAAGAAGAUUGCUCAGAAGGCCCUGGACCUGCCCAGCUCCGGGGAGGGCGUGGACUUCUUCACCUUCCCCAACGUCGCCAGCGCCACCAAGUUCAAGCAGCUGUACCGCUCCCGCAUGAACACUCUGGAGAUGACCCCCGAGGUCAGGCAGAGGGUCAUCGAAGAGGCCAAGGCUGCGUUCCUGCUCAACAUUCAGCUGUUUGAGGAGCUGCAGGAGCUGCUGGGCCAGGACGCCGAGGACCAGAGCCCCUCGCAGGCACCGGGGCUGCGCCGGCGGGUCGGCAGCGGGGCGCAAGAUGCUGCUCUCACGGAGACUCCCAGAGGGAAGCCCCAGCCGAACCUUCUCUCCCAGGCGCCGCUCCUCCGAUGGGUCCUUACCCUCAGCUUUGUGGUGGCAACGGUUGCUGUGGGGCUUUAUGUCAUGUGAUUGCAAGGGUGCUGGCCCCUCAGGCUGUGAACUCUGCCCCACCGAGGGCCCUCUUUCUGGAGAGGGCACGUCUCUUGGCUGGCUUCCUUACUGUAGGCAAGGGGGGCUGUCUGGGCCCCCCGCCUGCCCUGUCCCUGCG